UUUAUUUUGAUCUAUCAUGUUCAUAUGAUUAACCAAUAAUUAAAAAGUUAUAUCAAUCCCAUUUUUCUUUUUCUCUCUGCCAUCCCACUUUAAAGGUUCUUCAAAGGUUCCAUCUGAAUUUCUUUUCAGCUAAAUGCUUGGGUUGUGUUUCCAACAAAAAUUCAAGAAAAUGAAACCCAUCAUUUUGCUUUCACCAUAAAACUUCCUCUGUUUUUCUUUUUUUUGUUCUUCAUUUUCAGUGAUCAUGAAGAGAUUUAGCCACUCAGAUUCCUUAGAUUCUUUCAUCUCCUUCUUCUCUCCUAAAGAUCAGCAACAAAAUUCCAAAGGCAUAGGUGGUUACAGCAAGGAGUUUCAAGCAAUGUUAGACAGUUUAGAGGAAGAAGACAACAGUGAAGACGGGGGGAGCAGUGGGGGUUCGGCACCGGAGAGGAAACGUCGGCUGAAAUUGGAUCAAGUGAAGGGUUUAGAGAGACAUUUUGAAGUGGAAAACAAACUUGAACCAGACAGAAAAAUGAAGAUCGCAGCUGAAUUAGAACUUGAACCAAGACAAGUUACAAUUUGGUUUCAAAAUCGAAGAGCUCGGUGGAAAACCAAGCAAUUAGAGAAAGAUUAUGAAGUUCUUAAACUAAACUAUGAUGCUCUUAAACUUGAUUAUGAUGUUCUUGAAAAAGAAAAUGCUUCUCUUGCUUCAAAGGUGAAAGAGUUGAGGGAGAAAGUAAACAGAGAAAUGAAAAAAGGGUCAAUGGAGAAAGAUUCAAACAGAGAUGGGAAUUCAUAUAUUUCAAUGUUGAAUAGUAAUAAUCAAUUCCAAUUUACAAAGGCUAUGAAUGAGGAUCAAAGUUUGGUUAAUUUCUGUUCUGUUGAUCAAGCUCCUUCUCUCCAUUACUGGUAAAAACAACCAUAUGACCAAUGUUCUUCCAUCUUAUAACUUUUUUAUUUCUUGAUCUUCAUUUUGGUUCUUACUUUUGCUUCUUUCUUGUUUAAGAGUAAUGGAUAUAAAUGUAAGUCUCAUGCUAAUGAAAUGUAUAGUUAAGAUCAAUAGUGUUUGUUCAUUUGGUGUUGAAGAUAUAUGUUUAGUUUAAAUCUUAAAAGGAAAAGAAUCUUAACGACAAUAAUGUUAUGCCGUUAAGAUUAACAGUUGAGUCCAUCUUAAUUAUGAUUUUAGAAUUUAGUAAGAUGCACAAGAUUGAUGUA